UGCAUACAUUGUGAGCAUAUUGCAACAAGAAACGGCGCGUGGACUCAAAGAAAAAGCUAUAAAUAAAAUUAUAAGCUUCUAAGGGAAGAGGACAUAUGUCCUAAUGAAGCUGAUUUUGUUGAACCAAACUCUCAACCGCUUGGACUACUAGCCAACCUUACCUUCUUGUCUUAUUUUCAUUUCAAAUCUUCUAACUUGCUUUCUUUAUCAAUUGACCUUUUUAGUGAAAGGUUAUUAUGAUCAUGGUGAAAUGAUUCAUUGUUAGUUUGGAAGUUGAUGAAAAAAAUUGAAAACAUGGGUUCUUCUUCAAAAGUUGGAAAUAGUAGCUAUGAUUACUCUUUUAAGGUUUUGUUGAUUGGUGAUUCUGGUGUUGGAAAGAGUAGUCUUCUUCUGAGUUUUAUAUCAAACUCUAACUCACUUCAAGACCUCUCUCCCACCAUUGGAGUAGAUUUCAAAAUCAAGCAUUUUACAAUUGGUGAUAAGAGAUUGAAGCUUACUAUUUGGGACACUGCUGGACAAGAGAGGUUUGGAACUGUAAUAAGCUCUUAUUACAGAGGCGCACAUGGAAUCAUUCUUGUGUAUGAUGUAACACGGCGCGAGACAUUUACAAACCUGGUGGGAAUUUGGGCAAAAGAGGUUGGACUUUAUUCCACAAAUCAAGAUUGCAUCAAAGUUCUUGUAGGCAAUAAGGUGGAUAAGGAGAGCGAAAGAGCCGUAAGCAAAGAAGAGGGAAUGGCUCUUGCACAGGAACAUAGAUGUUUGUUCCUAGAGUGCAGUGCCAAAACUCGAGAAAAUGUUCAACAAUGCUUUAAAGAUCUCACAUUAAAGAUAUUAGAAGUGUCGAGUUUGCGUGAAAAAGGGUCUGUAGAAGUGAAGAGACAAAAGCAAAAGCGCAUAUUCGAGACAUCGCAAAGAGGUGGUUGCUGUUCUUCUUAGUAUGCUGCAAUAUAAAUGUGCAAAAAAAAAGAUACUGCAAUUACUAGCUGGCCUUUGUAUUAUAUAAAGUGUCACAAAUCACACAUAGUUUGGACUUUGAAUGCUUGAGAUGGAUACUGCUCUGUCAAUAUCUCUUAGAGCCACAAUAUAUAGUAUUAGAUGAUACCAAAACUUUUCAAUAUUUUGCUCUUUUUCCUACUUUUGUUCAAGUUUUGAAAACACCUAAAUGUUGUACAUCAUAUGUAAAUCAUAUGUAAAUAUGUGUCAGGUUUGAAUGUGUUAGGAUUGAUUUGAUA